AUGAAGUUCACUAUCUGGUCGAGCUUACUGGCACUGCCAAAUGCCCUGGCACACCCUCGCUCCGUCCAGGAACGCAGCAACUUCGCUCAUCCAGGACUCCUCCACACAGCCGCCGACUUCUCUAGAAUCACGAGCAAGGUCAACAGUAAAGCAGAGCCAUGGUUCACCGGAUGGAACAAGCUGUCCAGCAGCUCGUACCGAUCGCUGAGCUACAACGCCAAUCCACAGGCGGUCGUGUACCGCGGCAGCGACGGGACUCACUCGGAGAACUAUGCGUCGCUGUAUAGGGACAUUGCAGCGGCCUAUAUCACAGCCAUCUACUGGAAAGUGACCGGUGACACGGCGUACGCAGACAAAGCAGUCAGCAUCCUCGAUGCCUGGGCUGCCACCCUAACGGGGAUCUCCGGAUCGUCGGACAAGUUCCUGGCUGCGGGAAUUUACGGCUACGAGAUAGCCAAUGCGGCGGAGAUCAUGCGGACAUACAACGGCUGGUCUGCGCAGAAUAUAGCCAAGUUCCAGAACAUGAUGGUCGAGGUCUUCUAUCCACUCAACCACAUCUUCCUGGAACAGCACAACGGUGCCGCCAUCGACCACUACUGGGCGAACUGGGACCUGUGCAACAUCGCCUCGAUGAUGUCCAUCGGGGUACUCACUGAUAAUCGCACCAUGUACGACGAAGCCAUAAACUACUUCAAGACCGGGGCUGGAAAUGGCCAGAUAGAAAAGAUGAUUUGGAAGCUGUACCAGGUGGACGGACAGACACUGGGACAAGGGCAGGAAGCGGGCCGGGACCAGGGCCAUGCGAUGCUGGAUUUCGCUCUGCUGGGAGUCAUUGCCCAGACCGCUUACAACCAAGGCGACGACCUGUUUGGAUACUUGGACAAUCGUAUUCUUGCCGGAGCGGAGUACGUCGCCAAGUACAAUCUGGGCAACGAUGUGCCCUAUACGACCUACACGAACAGCGACGUUGCCCAAACCGUGAUCAGCAAUGCCAGCCGUGGGGAUAUCCGGCCCAUAUGGGAGCUUCUUUACAACCACUACGGAGUGCGGAAGGGGCUGAACGUCAAGUACACCAAGCAAUAUCGUGACCUGGUCGUGGAAGACGGCGCUGGUGCGGAAGGAGGCGGAGGAAACUAUGGACCAAACAGUGGAGGGUACGAUCAGCUGGGAUUUGGGACUUUGAUGUAUACUUUGUAG